GUAGAUUCACCUGCACAGCCCCCGCGGCUGCUUGCAGUGACAGGGCACAGUCAAUACAGAGGCUUGUGGCCCAUGGCCUGUAGCCUGUAGGAAUGCUUGACGACAACGACGCCUGUUGGGCGCGGCGGGGCUCGUCGCGUUCAUCGUGAACAGUCACACUCACCCCGUUCCGGGGGCCUCGCGCAUGCCUCGACUCUCCCCCAUGCACCGCUCGUCUUUCACACCCACCCCCCGUCGCGUCGCUGUCCUGUGCUAUUGCGAGUGGUCUCCGCAGCAGCUCAGUCCCCACGCAGGUCACGCACCGCACUCACCUCUCCAUGCUCUCACCCUGCUCUCCUCGCUCUUUCCUCGGUCCUCGCAUCGAGUUCGCGCCUUGCUCGACCCAUCUCUGGUUGAUAUAAAGUCUCUUCUUCGCCUCACCAACUCAUCUCCUCGUCUCAUUGUCACUCUUACUCAUCCACUCUCGCUUUUCACUCCACAUCCAUCACCACCCCCACCACCACCCCCAUCAUCAUGCAGUCCAAGCUCCUCGCCCUCCUCGCUCUUUUCGCUGUCGGCGCCUACGCCCAGAGCGAUUCGGCCGGUGCGUCGCCCAGCGCCGGUGCCGACGGCGAGGGCCCCGCCGGCUCGCCUACCGACAGUGCCACCGACGGCGGUCCCACGGACGGUGCCGCCGACCCCGCCGCGAGCUCUGAGGGUGGCCCCGACGCCUCCGGCGCCCCUGGUGCCGACUCUGCUGUCGUCCCCUCGCCCUCUGCCCCCGGCGCCGCAGGUGCCAGCGGCGCUCCCCGCGCCUCGAGUGCAGUCGCCGGCGCGCCCUCCGCCGCUUCCGCACCCGCCGGCGCCGUGAGCUCGGCCCCUGCCGGUGGCGCUAUGUCCGUGAGCUCGGCGCGCCCCUCGUCCGCCUCGUCGCACGCGUCGUCGCACACCUCGUCCCGUGCCUCGGCGGCGUCAGGUGCCUCCUCGGCGCCUGCGAGAGGCGGCGCCGCCCCUGUCAUGGGCAGCAUCCCUGGCGCCCAGAUCGCCGCCGCCGUCCUCGCUGCAGUCGGCGGUGCUGCCCUUCUCUAAGCGCCUCGCUUCGUUCGACCUAGCAUCUGUAUUUCUCGAUACUAGAGUCUCAGGCCUGUUUUAACUAGUUCGCACGCUCCCAUCCUCCUUUUCCUCUACGGAGGCAUGCAUUGUACAUGUUAAUGCGAGGGCAGUGGGGUUUAGCUGCUGUGUUUGUGAUGAAAGAGGAAGGGGUGGUAGUGCUG